AUGCCUAGUGUUUUCAACAGAAGGGAAAACACGAGGAUAAUCACCGACAAGGCAUCCGACGACUUUUGUUCCGUUCAUCCCUUCUUUGUUUUGCAACUCGCCGUUCUGUUUAUUAUUGUCGGACACUACGAAACCAUUAUCGGAGAAGAAUGUCCCAAGCUCCGUGAAUUCAUUAAUUUGAUCACCUCUCCAAUCCACCUUGCACCUCUUUCUCAACUCACUCAAAUUUGUGUUCAGGAUGGAAAACACGCUGAGAAAAAUUUUAGCAGUCAUUUUACUCUCCUCCGUUGGAUUAUUCGAAAAAUGCUCCUGCCACGUAAUCGGCUUAGACCCCUCAUACCUGUUCACAUACCCCUUCUCCAGCUGCUCGACGAAGCGCUCCAGGCUCUUGGGGAAAGCGUCGAGCACGGGAUACGCGGGGUUGGCGAAUGCUGUGGAGUGGAGUGCUUGGACGGAUGUCUUGAGAUUUUGCAGCAUUCCGGGGACGCGGUGGGUGAAGUGUUUUGCGGCGGACAGGUGGGAGAGGAGGGUGGCCACAGCGGAGUGGAUGGCGGAGAGUUGGGGGGAGUAUUGAGAGUAAGGGAGAUGUUUGGGGAGGUCGAUAAAUACAUACUGGAAAAUGUCAUAUACAUAAUCUUUUAA